AUGCUGAGAUCUAUCAUGAAUGCGUCGACGAUGAGGACAUUUGUUCAUGUUCAAGGUCAUUUUGUAACUGCUCCUCCUCCUUCAUUGAUUCUUUGUUGCUGGAGACGAGCUUUCUCUAGUGCAAGUGAUGAUGAUUACAGAGAGAUAUUGAGAAAUGGGCUUCGUGAUAUCAACUUAGACGAUGCUAUUGGUGUUUUCGAUGAAAUGGUCAAGUUUUGUCCUUUCCCUAAGAUUUCCGAGUUCAGUAAGCUUUUGAGUGCUAUUGCUAAGAUGAAUAAGUUUGAUGUUGUCAUCUCUUUGGGGGAGAAGAUGCAAAAGCUGAGGAUUUAUCAUAAUCACUAUACUUACAGUAUUUUCGUAGAUUGUUUCUGUCGCUCCUCUCAACUCUCUCCUGCUUUAGCUACUCUUGGGAAGAUAAUCAAACUCAGUCAUGAGCCUAGUGUACUCACGCUUUUUUCUCUUGUCAAUGGUUUCAAUGCAUCCAUCGAUGCGUUUGUGAAAGAGGGGAAGCUUGUAGAUGCUGAAAAGUUGUACAAGGAGAUGAUCCAAAGGUCUAUAGAUCCUGAUACUGCCACUUACAAUUCAUUGAUCAAUGGGUUUUGCAUGCACGAUCGCCUAGAGAAAGCCAAGAAUAUGUUUGCUUUGAUGGUUAGCAAAGGUUGUUUCCCAAAUGUAGUGACAUAUAAUACUCUCAUUAAGGGAUUUUUUAAGUCUAAGAGGGUAGAAGAGGGUAUGAAACUCUUGGGCGAUAUGUCUCAAAGAGGAUUGAUGGGCAACACCGUCACUUACAACAUACUUAUCCAAGGGUUUAUUCAAGCUGGCAACAACGAUCAUGCCCAAGAAGUUUUUGAACUAAUGGGUUCUAGUGGUGUGCCUCCCAAUAUUUUGACCUACAACAUUUUGCUAGAUGGAUUUUGUAGGAAAGGUUUAAAGCAUGAAGCAGAUGCUCUGUUUAGAAAAAUGUAA